AUGACGGUGUUGGUUAUUGGCCUUGGAGGUGUAACAAAUGGGGGGAAAACAACACUGGCGGAAAAGCUUAAGAAAAUGCUUCCCAACUGUGAUAUAAUCUCUCAAGAUGACUUCUUUAAGCCAGAGUCUGAAGUAGAAACAGAUGAACGCGGAUUUAAGCUAUAUGAUGUACUUGAUGCCCUCUAUAUGGAUGAAAUGGUGAAAAGUAUUCGCAAUUGGAUGAUAUGUCCGGCAAGCACAGGUGUUGUGAUGGAAGAGCCACAGAGUACAUGUGACAAACUGAAAAAUACAGAAGAUGCUUAUAUUUUGAUUGUUGAAGGCUUUCUGCUAUACAACUAUGAGCCGCUUAACGAACUGUGGGAUAGAAGAUAUUUUUUGACCCUUCCUUAUGAAGAGUGCAAAAGGAGAAGGAGCACCAGAGUCUAUCAGCCAGCAGAUACACCGGGGUACUUCGAUGGACAUGUGUGGCCUAUGUAUCUAAAAUAUAAAAAUGAAGUGGAAGAGAAUGCAAGUAACAUUGUUUAUUUGGAUGGAACAAAAUCCCAAGAGGAGCUUUUAUCCUGUGUGUAUAGUGAUAUAAUACAGGAAUUAAAGCUGAGGGAAGGAACAGGUCACAGCAUGAUAAUGUAG